UUCCUUCCUCCCUUCCCCAGGGGAGAUCGAUCGAUCAAGCUCGCGCGUGCUACGCAAGCUACAAGCCAGCCAGCCAGCCAGCCAGCCAGCUCCUCCUACCGCACCAACCAAUUCGACUCCCAGCUUAAUUCGAUUCCCGUCAUUCGCCGGUGAAGUAGCUAAAUCAUCCAUGGGGUCUGUCCCGGAGGAGUCGCCGGCGGCGGGGGAGGAGACGGUGUUCCGGUCGAGGCUGCCGGACAUCGAGAUCCCGAGCGAGCAGACGCUGCAGAGCUACUGCUUCGCGAAGAUGGCCGAGGUCGGGUCCCGGCCUUGCCUGAUCGACGGGCAGACGGGGGAAUCCUACACCUACUCCGAGGUGGAAUCCCUGACGCGGCGGGCGGCGGCGGGGCUGCGGCGGAUGGGCGUGGGGAAAGGGGACGUGGUCAUGAACCUCCUCCGCAACUGUCCCGAGUUCGCCUUCUCCUUCCUGGGGGCGGCCCGGCUGGGCGCCGCCACCACCACCGCCAACCCGUUCUACACCCCGCACGAGAUCCACCGCCAGGCGGAGGCCGCCGGGGCCAAGCUCGUCGUCACCGAGGCCUGCGCCGUGGAGAAGGUCAGGGAGUUCGCCGCGGGGAAGGGGAUCCCCGUGGUCACUGUCGACGGGAGGUUCGACGGGUGCGUGGAGUUCGAGGAGCUGAUCGGCGGCGAGGAAGAGAUGGAUGAGGGUGAGAUCCACCCGGAUGAUGUCGUCGCGCUGCCGUAUUCGUCCGGCACCACGGGGCUCCCCAAGGGCGUCAUGCUCACGCACCGCAGCCUCAUCACCAGCGUCGCCCAGCAGGUGGACGGCGAGAACCCGAACCUGUACUUCAGCAAGGAGGACGUGGUGCUGUGCCUGCUCCCGCUGUUCCACAUCUACUCGCUCAACUCGGUGCUGCUGGCGGGGCUCCGCGCGGGGAGCGCCAUCGUGAUCAUGCGCAAGUUCGACAUCGGCGCCCUGGUGGACCUGGUGCGCGCCCACGGCGUCACCGUGGCGCCCUUCGUGCCGCCCAUCGUGGUGGAGAUCGCCAAGAGCGACCGCGUUUCCGCCGCCGACCUCGCAUCCAUCCGCAUGGUCAUGUCCGGCGCCGCGCCCAUGGGCAAAGAGCUCCAGGACGCCUUCAUGGCCAAGAUCCCCAACGCCGUUCUCGGCCAGGGGUACGGGAUGACGGAGGCGGGGCCGGUGCUGGCCAUGUGCCUGGCGUUCGCCAAGGAGCCGUUCAAGGUCAAAUCCGGGUCGUGCGGCACGGUGGUGCGCAACGCGGAGCUCAAGAUCGUCGACCCGGACACCGGCGCCUCGCUCGCCAGGAACCAGCCCGGGGAGAUCUGCAUCCGCGGGGAGCAGAUCAUGAAAGGUUACCUGAACGACCCAGAGUCGACCAAGAACACCAUCGACAAGGACGGCUGGCUGCACACCGGCGACAUCGGCUUCGUGGACGACGACGACGAGAUCUUCAUCGUCGACAGGCUCAAGGAGAUCAUCAAGUACAAGGGCUUCCAGGUGGCGCCGGCGGAGCUCGAGGCGCUCCUCAUCACGCACCCGGAGAUCAAGGAGGCCGCUGUUGUAUCAUUGAAGGACGAUCUUACCGGUGAAAUCCCUGUCGCGUUCGUUAAGAGGAUUGACGGUUCCGAAAUCACCGAGGCCGAGAUCAAACAAUUUGUCGCAAAGGAGGUUGUUUUCUACAAGAGGAUCCACAAGGUCUUCUUCACCGACUCCAUUCCCAAGAGCCCUUCCGGCAAGAUCCUAAGGAAGGACUUGAGAGCCAGGCUCGCUGCCGGCGUCCCCAGCGACGACACCGCGCCCAGAAGCUAAGGGCCGCCGCCGUCCUCCGAACUCGAUUUCAAGCAUCCAGAACACACAGCCAGCUAUCCACGCUGCUGCUAUACAUCGCUUAAAAUAUUGGUCGAUCUCCAGGAAAUGGGGACAGGAAGGGGGGGAGCUGAUUGUCAGAUUCUUACAGGAGAUUUUUAGUUUGUUGGUUGGUUGGAUUCUUCCGGCUUGUGUAAUGUUCAUAAAAUGAAUUAAAGUGGAAUCAUAUAUAUAGAUGUAUUGUUUUUGGCCAUAUGAACAGAGCUGAUUUCCAAAUGGAUACAAAUGCAUACGCCAUACGGUGCUUCUCUUA